GCGGCAAAAGACAAAAAAAAAAAAAAAAAGUCAAUCUUCAAUUAAAAGUUUAUCUCAGCCUUUUUCAUCUUCUAAUAACAUUAACCAUAACCAACUUAAAUAUGAUGCAUUGCUCGUGUCGCACGAUAUCUUUAAAGAUUUUCGUGCAGAGCCUUGCAGAACUUCGAUUAUCCAAUUCUGCCAGGCAAAUCCAACCACGAUAUUCAAGAGUUACUGGUUUUCAGUCGCAGUUCGCCUUUUCUAGGCCAUACAGCGCCACCCCAGCCUUACGAUUUCCACAGCAGAUAUCGCAAGAAUCGCAAGAACAGGCCUCACAUUCAUUAGAAACCUACCAAACUUCAGAAACCGAACAAAGUAAGACCUCCGACGAUGCUACGGUAGAAGAACCCGAUGUACCGGUGCUCGAACUCCCCGCGGACAUUUUAGAUAAGGCGAAAAGUAAAGGUGCAAUCCUUGACUUGUCUCUCGAAUCUAUCGACGCCUUGAUCCCCCCCUCGAAGAAACCAAAGAAGAAGGCUCAAAGUGCUCGAGAAAAAGAUGGAGAGGGCAAGUCUGAUACUCCCCCCGAAUCGAAGGCGGACUCUGCACCACCUGUCGAGGCCAAGACACCCGUCGAGACCAAGAGGUUGAAGAGGUUGAAGAUCGUAAAAGAAGAACCCAAGGCGCCCAACACGCCAUUCGUCGUGAAGAAGGAACCGUGGCAGAUACAAAAAGAAGCCCUCAAGGAGAAAUUCCCCGAGGGCUGGGCGCCGCGCAAGCGGCUGUCGCCGGACGCGCUCGAUGGCAUCCGGGCGCUGCACGCGCAGUUCCCGGAGGAGUACACGACGCCCGUGCUGGCGAGGAAGUUCGAGGUGUCGGUGGAAGCCAUCCGGCGCAUCCUCCGGACCAGGUGGAGGCCGAACCCCGACGAGGAGGUCGAGCGCCAGGAGCGCUGGUUCAAGCGCGGCAAGAACAUCUGGACGCAGAUGGCCGCGCUCGGCACGAAGCCUCCCCGCAAGUGGCGCCGCGAGGGCAUCGUGAGAGAUCCUUACUGGAACAGGCGGAGGGGUCCGCGGACGCAACCCCCGAGACGGCCGAGAUCGGUGGCAUGAUUGCUUGUCCCCGGGUUGAGGCGAUGGUGGCGGAGAAUGACUCAUUACUAUUAGGUCCUUACGCUAUUCUCGGAGAGCAAGUAGCAGCAGCAGCAGGAGAUGAUUUCCACCGCGACCCUUGAAUCAUGCAUGCUAUGACGAAGGCUAGGAAGACGUCGUGACGACAUAUCAAGAUAAGCUAUACUAUGUAGACUAUUUUUACAAUAGGGAUAGACUAUGUUUUCGUAUUAUUUAUUAUUACGUAUACAGAUAUUAAGAUCCUCUCGUGGAGA